AUGGUCCUCAUGGCCGGCGCCUCCGACCACCACCACCACCACGCCACGGCCAAGCCUGCUUCCCCCGCCGCGGCGUCCCCGUCCCCGACCCCGACGCCGGCUCCCGCCAAUCGCACCCGCCUCCACGACUUCGCCUUCCCGACGCUCAGCUGGGGCGCGCACCGCCUCCUCCGCUGCUCCAAGGACGGCGCCGGCGGCCCGGCGUCCCCGCCGCUGCACCCGCACACGCCGUCGCCGGACAAGGAGAAGCACCCGCACCAGCACCCGCAGGGCUCCUCCCCCGGCGCCGCGUCCGCGUCGCAGCCCCCGCGCCCCUGGAACCUCCGCACCCGCCGCUCCGCCACCGUCGCGCCGCUCGCAUCGAGAUCGGACGCCGCGGGGAAGGCGCCGGCGGCGGGAGGGCAGGCGCAGCAGCAGCCGCCUCUCGCGUCGCCGCCGCCGGCGGCGGCCGUGCCCAGGAAGAGGGCCUUCUCCGCCGCGCUCACCAGGGACGAGAUUGCCGAGGACUUCGCCGCCAUCCGCGGCACCCGCCCGCCGCGCCGGCCCAAGAAGCGCCCGCGCGCCGUGCAGCGCCUGCUCGACAUGCUGUACCCGGGGCUGUCUCUCGCCGACGUCAAUCUGGACUCGUACAAGAUCGACGAGGUACCAUGUUCAAUAGCCAUUUAUGAAGCUGUUACGGCCUUUACACAAGAUCUCCUAAAUCCUUAUGUCCUGGGUUCAUCAGCUCUCUUUUUUUUUUCCUUUAGUGAGAAUUUGGAUGGCAUUGUCUGCUUUGCUGUGUUGGUCCUGACUCCUGAGAAUGUAGCCCAGCUUCUUUAG